CGCCGAGCGAGCCGACAGCCAUUCACUUGGCGCACUCUUGUUUAGAACGUCAAACAUCGCGCGCGCACACCAAAUAAGAUAUAUUUUUUUAAUAAAGAAUACAAUAUCGUGAUGGAGAAGGAGCAUCAGCCAGAUUCUAUGGCUACUAUAACCAUGAAACCGGAAUACCCGCCAUCUGAAGUUUACAGUGCUUCAGAGCCGCCACCGGCCUAUCGCCAGAGGGUGUCCUCGUCAGUGCAAAUCGCUCGUAUCGCUGCUUUGACUGUGGUCGCCGCGUCUUUCAUCCUCGGCUCUUUCAUACUGGCAUCCAGUUGGGUAUCAGCGCGCGCUUCAUGUCACCAACUGGAGCAAUUGGAUGCCAUGCUUGACAAAGAGCUGGCUUUAGAGGGAAGGUCAUAUGGAAACGAUGCCCUAAUGCCUGAUGAACCAUUACCGAUUGCUAACGCUCAUGCCCUCCAUGCGGCACCACCAGCAGUGCAAGAGAUGUCAUCGGUGCCUCAGCAACAAAAGCCAGUUGUUGGCUCUCCCGAUAGCUUAUUGAAAGAGGAUCCUCUCAACCAUGCCGAAUCUAAAAUCGAUGAAGAUAAACUCCAGAAAAUCGAUGACGUUAAGGUCGAUACGGCGAACUCGGGCAGCGACGAGAGUUCUGAAUCCGAUAGUUCCGGCGAGGAAGAUGACGACGACCUCAUCAGGCCCAUGUUCAAGCUCCCCAUACAGUUCGACCUCGACGAACUCGCUGGUGCUUUCUUGGCAAACAAUCAGAAAGGUCGCAUGAACUGCGUGGUAGAGCGGCGCCACGAGGAGUCGUUGGAAAACAAAUUCCCCUUCAACAUUCUCGGCGCAUUCGGACCGCGCGCUGCGCCAGCCGAGCGCGUCGCCAUCAUCUGCCACGGCGGAGACGAAAGAGCGAUGCCGAUGUUCCCCGACCCGCAGUCGCAAGUGUUCGCGUUCCCGCUGUCGGGCCCCGUGCGGCUGCCGCUGCGGCCCGCGCCCGAGCGCGCCGCCGAGCGCGGUCCCUUCGCCGCGCCGCACCGCCCCGCGCCCUUCCCGCUACCCAUGCCAUGGGAAUCUUCCGAGGAGCAAGUAAAUCCUAGAGAGAUGCGCAUCCACGUUCAGCGUGUGUUUGCCAUCCCUGCCCCGCACAAUGUGCCUCCACGCCCGGAGACCAUGGGACCCUUCGCACCUCCACCACCACCUCAAGACCAGAACGAGCGCGAACAAGAAGAGAUGAGUGCUCCACGUCAAAUGCGAGUGAUCGCCAUUCCCGCUCCACACAACAUGCCACCAGCGCCUGAAAAUAUGGGACCCUUCCAACCUCCUCCACCACCACAACACCAAGGCCAAAACGAGCAACAGGCCGUUCUUCACCAGUUCGUGCCUCAGUCCGCUCCCACACAGGAAAUGGAGCCUGAAGUACAAAAGAUGCAAAUGGAAGGCAGUCCGGUACAAAUGAACUUGCCCUGGGAUCUGACCCCCGAAGACUUGCACAUGAUCCACCGCACCACGCAGGAGGCCGUCGCCAACCAGCGCCGCGACCAGCAGAUCGACAACGACAUGCAAGAGGUACUCGUUAAGACCAUAGUGAACAGCCUCGCCGCAGCGGAGGUGGAGGCGGAGCAGGCGGAGCAAGCACAACAGGCGCAGCAGGCUCAGGCGCCGCGCGCGCCUCGCACGCUGCUGCUGCCGCAGGACAUGCCCGUCGACCAGCGUCCGCACUACAUGCAGCCGCGUUCCGUGCGCAGCGUGGACGCGCCGCACGAGCGCGAGAAGCGCGUGAAGCGCUGUGCGUGCAGCUGUGCUUAGUCGCGCUCUAGCGCCGCAUGAGCGCUACAUUCUCCGUCCAUCCCUAAAAUUGUCUAUAGUACGGUUUCGGUUAAUGUAAAUAAAAGUGUUACCUUUUCAAAUCCCGUGCUGUUUCUUUCGUAUUCCAUGUAUCAUAUUGUUUUAAUGAAUAAUAUUAUUGUACAUCAAAUAAUAAUAACGACGAGGUAAAUUGUAAGUCACUUGCAAAUACUGUAAGAUUAUUAAUUAAGCAUUUAAUAUCGAAGAUUUGUGAUGUCUUCGCCGGUUAAUUAACGACCGUACCGUGUUAACGAAUCUGUCGGGGUAUUGUGGGCCGUAAUCUAACAUUAAAUUAAAUUUAACCUAUUUUUGUGAUCCUAAAUUAAAUUUUAAUUAGUUUUAAAUA